AUGUACCCCUCUCCUGAGGUUGCACAACAUAGUGAGAAGGAUGAUGAUUCCUCCAGUUCUGAGAAGAACAUGGCUGCUGAAGGUUUGUGCUCUCUAGGGCAAACUGUGUCUAGUAAAGGAAAACCUGUGGCAUCUAAAACUGCCAAUGCUUCCCAUUCUAAGAAGCAUGAUGUUGCAAACGAUAAAACCACUGUGAGGAAGUCUUCUGGUAAAGUUCUUGCUGUGCAUUUGGAUAAUAUUUCUUUCCAUCUUGAGGAUGGAGCUGGCAAAUGGAAAUUUGUGAUUCAAAGAAGGGUGGUUGUGGAAAGGGAGUUAGGAAAGGAUGUCGUUGAAGUCAAGGAGGUCAUGGACCUGAUAAAGACUGUUGGGUUGAUGAAGACUGUGGUUGGGUUCUCUCAGUGCUAUGAGGGUUUAGUUAAGGAAUUCAUUGUCAACAUUCCUAAGGAUAUUGCUGAUAAGAAUAACAAGGAAUCUUGCAAAGUGUUUGUGAGAGGUAAGUGCAUCACUUUCUCUCCCACUGUUAUUAACAAUUUUCUGGGCAGAAAAGUUGAGGGUGCAGGUGAAUUGGCAGCUACAAACAAUGAGGUAUGUAGAGAAAUUACAGCUAGGCAGGUGAAAGGGUGGCCUAUUAAGAAGCAUCUUCCUGCUGGGAAGUUAACUGUCAAGUAUGCUAUAUUGCAUAAAAUAGGAACUGCAAAUUGGGUGCCUACCAACCAUAUUUCCACAAUUGCUAAUACCCUUGGAAGAUUUAUCUUUGUUGUUGGAACCAAAAUGAAUUUUGACUAUGCCUCAAAAGUUGGAACUAUUACUGAGUUGAAGGAGACUUGUAAAGAGCUGGGUGAAGGGAUAAGGGUAGCAACAACUAGGAAACAAUCGUUGGAAGCAUUGAUUGCAAGCUUGGAGCAAACUGCAGGUGAAAGUAUUGAUCAUGCUAAGGAAGCUGAAGCCCACACCACUAGUGAGAGGUCUGCAACUAAUGAUGAGACAAUUGGCAAUUCUGUUUCUAGUGCUGAUGAAGCUGCAAGCUCAAGCUCCUCUGAUUAG